AUGGACAUUUUAAGCAUGCUCUGUCUUUUUUUCUGCUUGGGGAGAAGCUGGGGACAGACGCAAAUAUAUGUCAUCUCAGCACCUAAAGCAUUCUAUGUUGGAGCCUCUGAAAAUGUAGUAAUUCAGGUUUAUGGAUACAGAGAAUCAUUUGAUGUGACCAUUGCUAUUAAAAGUUAUCCUGAUAAAAGUUUUACAUAUUCUUUUGGCCAAGUAAAUUUGUCUCCAGAAAAUGAAUUCCAAAACUCUGCAAACUUAAUUAUAAAACCAGAAGAUUUAUCUGGAGGGCCAAAUGCAGUUUCAAAUGUAUAUUUAGAAGUUGUAUCUGCCCAUUUUUCAAAAGCAUCAAAAAUUCCACUGCGAUACGACACUGGGUUUCUUUUCAUUCAAACAGACAGAUCUGUUUACUAUUCCGAUGAGCAAGUAAAAGUUAGAGUUUAUUCAUUGGAUGAAAACCUAAAACCAUCUCAAAAAGAAGUUAUCUUGACUUUUAUAGAUCCAGAAGGGUCAGAAGUUGCUGUGGGGGAAGACAGAAAUGCUACUGGAAUUAUCACUUUUCCUGACUUCAAGAUCCCAUCUCAUCCUAAAUACGGUUUGUGGACAAUUAAAGCUAACUACAAAGAGGACUUCACAACAAUAGGAACUGCAGAUUUUGAAAUUAAAAGACAUGGUGUGUAUUUGGAAAAACCACACUUCUCUAUCUUAGUACAACCAGAAAAUUACUAUAUCAGCCACGAAAACUUUGAGGACUUCAAGAUCACUAUAAAUGCUAGAUAUUCUCAUAAUCAGAAUGUAACUGAAGCUGAGGUUUCUGUCAUUUUUGCAAUAAGAAAUGAUUUAGAGGAUCCUAGAAAAGAAGAGAUGCCUGAAGCAAUCCAAAAGGCACAGCUGAUCAAUGGAAUUGCACAAGUAAAUUUUAAUACAUCAAAGGCAAUUAAAAACCUGCCAUACAAAAGUCUACAAGAUUUAAACAACAAAUACCUUAAUAUUUUUGUGAAAGUACAAGAACGUACAGGUAGAUUCUUCAAAGGAACCAAAGUAACGGAUGUCAAAUAUGUCCUCUCUCCCUACACCCUGCAUUUGGUUGCAACUCCUCUGUCUCUGAAGCCUGGGAUUCCAUAUUCCAUCAAGGUACAGAUGAGGGAUGUCAUUGGCCAUGUUGUAGGAGGGAAUACAGUAAUCUUGAAAGCAAAAAUAGUGGGUGCAACUCAGGAAAGCAAAGAUCUGGAUCCAAUGAAAAGUACAACAGAUCAUCGUGGAGUUGCUUCGUUUAUGGUUGACAUUUCCCCUGGUGUGUCAGCCUUGGAGUUUCAUGUUAGAACAGAUGACCCAGGUCUUCCAGAAGAGUACCAGGCCAGCAGUGACUAUCGAGCAGUGACCUACUCAUCACCCAGCCAGAGCUUCCUUUCUCUUAGCUGGACAGACAGUUACAAGAGCUCACUUGUGGGAGAGAAACUGAGCAUAACUGUUACCCCUAAAAGUCCAUAUGUUGACAAAAUUGCACACUAUGUUUACUUGAUUUCAUCUAAGGGCAAAAUUGUACACUUUGGCACAGAGAAGAAACUCCCAGGCUCAUCUUACCAAACUUUAAAACUUCCUGUGACUCAGCACAUGGUUCCUACAGCCCAUCUCCUCGUCUACUACAUUAUCACAGUGGAGCAGACAGCAGAAUUAGUGUCUGACUCAGUCUUCCUAAAUAUUGAAGAGAAGUGUGGCCAACAGCUCCAGAUCCGUCUGUCUCCAGACAAAGAGAUACAUUCUCCAGGAGAAGCUGUUUCUCUUAUCAUGGACACUCAGUCAGAAAUGUGGGUCGCCUUAACAGCGGUGGACAGUGCUACAUAUGGCAUCCAAGGAAGAAGCAAAAAUCCUCUGGAAAGAGUUCUUGGAGCUUUAGAUAAAAGUGACCAGGGCUGUGGAGCAAGUGGUGGCAGAAGCAAUGCUGAGGUGUUCUACUCAGCAGGACUCACGGUCCUCACCAACACAGACGUGGGCCACUCCCUACAAAAUGAUGAAUCAUAUAAGAAAAUUCUCAGACCAAGACGUUCCUUGAAAGAGGAAAUAGAAAAUCUAGCAUCCCAAUUCAGACACCCUGUGAUCCGGAAGUGCUGUUAUGAUGGAGCCCAUGGAAGUGAGGAGAGCUGCAGGGAGAGAGCUCUGAGGAUUACUGUUGGCCAGCAGUGUUCCAAAGCUUUCUUGAAGUGCUGUGACCUGGCAAGUGAGCUUCGGGCAAACAGUUCUCACAUUGAUGUAACCAUAGCAAGGCUUCAGCUGGAGUUGGUACCACCCGAUUGUGUAACUACCUGGGAAAUUCAGGGUGUUGGCAUUUCAGAUAAAGAAAGCCAUGUCACCAAAAGAGCCAGUUUACCUGAUGAUCAGCUUCUGAAUGUCAACUCCACCUACUUCACCAAAUUUGUGAGCCUGGAGUGGCAGACCAACUUUAUCAAGAAUCUUUUUGAUGUCUUUGACAGGAAUGUUUCUUUAUGA